AUGGUCGGAAAGGUGGUAAUUAUCACGGGCGGCAGCAGUGGCAUCGGGCUGGAAACGGCCACGAAUCUGGCCGAGCGUGGCGCUAAAGUGAUUAUUGCAUGUCGCAGUGUGCGACGCGCCGCUGCAGCAAAGUUGGAAAUCAUAAAAAAGACGGGCAACACAAAUGUUCAUCACCGUCCGUUAGAUCUGUCUUCUUUGCGAUCGGUGCGAGAAUUUUGCAAUCUGAUCUUGAAAACGGAGCAGCGCUUAGACGUCCUUAUCAACAACGCGGCGGCCGGUGGUCUCGGAAAUGAAAAAACCGAAGACGGACUACACAGAGGAAUGCAAUCGAAGAUUGAGAGGAAC